AAUGAAAACAAAAGAAAAGCUCAAUCGUUUGUCGUUGUCGUGCCGCAGCCUAAAUGCUUGACGCUUUCGUGUUAAGAAUUUACCUUGGCUCGCAUAAUUAUAAAAAGGGAACAAUAAACCAAACCAACAUAAAGUGAUAAUUAGUUUACAUCGGGUUUUUAUGUAGGCCAUAAUAAAAUGGCUAAUAACAUCGAUAAAGCUCGGGUGCUGAUAGUUGGAGAUUCUGGGGUUGGAAAAACAUGUUUAGUACAUUUAAUAGCUCACAGUGAAUCGCUCCCUCGUCCAGGUUGGACUGUAGGAUGCAAUAUAGAAGUUAAAUUACAUGAGUAUAGAGAAGGAACGCCUCAUCAACGAUCAUAUUUUAUCGAGUUAUUUGAUGUUGGUGGUUCAAUCAGUCACAGAAAUACACGAAGUGUCUUUUAUGCGGCUCUACAUGGCAUCAUUCUGGUACAUGAUCUGACAAAUCGGAAGAGUCAGGAAAAUUUAAGGGAAUGGUUGUACGAAAUUCUUAAUAAGGAUGGAAAAGAGUCAAAAAUGUUUAGCAGUGAUAUGUUUGACCCGGAACAAUUUUUAGGAUCCACGCAACUGCCAAUAUUGGUAAUUGGUGCAAAGUUGGAUCUUUUAGAUGAUAAAGGAAAUCAAAAGACAAUACAGAAAAUUGGUUCUAUAGCGGAGCAUUGCGGCUCAGAGGAGAUAUGGUUGAACUGCAGGGAGCCCCGCAGUUUUGCUGCAGGAACAACCGAUGCUGUAAAAUUAUCUCGUUUUUUUGAUAGAGUGAUUGAGAAAAAAAAUCAGUCGCGUGAGUCUUCCAGUGUAUCCACGGAACGAAGAAAAUAUACCAGUACAGAAUCCGGAAUUAGACUAAUCACAUAAUUAUAAUGUGAAUGUAUAUACACGUGUAUGUGAAACCAUGAAUAUAUAAUUGGUCCUUAAACCGA